AUGGCGCAUCACAGCCAGGAUGAGCCGCUUCGGUUCGAAGACCUGUUCUUGACGGAGAAAGAGCAUUACACCAUUCGAACAUUGUCACAGAUCCUCAAGUGGACGGAAUCUCUUGUUAGAGGCAGCGAAGUCCCUCACAGUGGAUACGUGACAAUACCGAAGAAGAAUCGAGAUCAUUCCUCAAAAUAUAAAAUCUUGAACAGCUUUUGCCAGGCCAUCAACCGCGGAGGUUCAGAGGUGAUUGCACUGUUGCCCGGCCCUUUCACUGGUGACGCCUUGACUGUCUUCGGCUCGGUGUCGGAGACUUUUGCCUCAUCAACGGAAGUCGCCGACAGCAAGCAGGAUCUUUUUCUUACGCGAAAUCCCCAGCAAGACGAAUUCGCAGGCCCAACUUUGGAACAAAUUCAAUAUUCUGUCCAAUUUCACCGUCAGCAAAUUCGCCCAGAUUUCACACAAGAUCCUGUAGGCACAUAUGCCGACAUGCUCGAGAAGUCCGGCCACAAAAUACCUUUUGCAGUGGUACCACAGUUAUCUUUGGCGCUGCUAAAACGUGCCCAUGCCCAACCCUCCGGAGAGUCGGGUAGAGAUAGCCUGAAGAGCUUUGGGCUCUUUACGAUGUGCCUGGGCCUUAACCGCUUAUGUGCACGAUGCAACCUCGGAGUCAAAUCUCGAAACUUUUUCCACGUCCUGAUGUUACUGGACACUGGGACACAGCCUGAAAAGGAAUGGGAGGAUCUUGCGAAGAGGUUUCAAGACCCAGCUGCGGAUGAUCUCAGAGACAAGGAUAUCAGGAAUGGCGAGGCAUUCACAAAAUCACAAAAGAAAUUCAUGCUUUACCUCGAGCACUUGGGGUUAAUUGCGGAAGGUCCCCGAAUGGCCGUAGCGUUCGAUUGUCGUGGCCGACGACUCAUAGCCAACGUGCUACGGGUGCUGCUGCAGGUGUUUAAACAUGCGAUCGAAAUCGUCAGGGAUAGUCAGCCCUCUAAAGAGAAGACAAAACCAUUCGACAUGCGCACUUACAGGCGUAGUAUCGCAACAUUGCUCGAAGCCAAUCGUUUGCUUUGGUCUUUCUUUACUCGGUUCCGGGACCAAAUCAGAAAAACGCUUGGAUGGAUUGCAUGUGUCUGCGAGCUCAAGAAUGCAACUCUUGUCAAUACUUAUUCCGAAUACGGAGAGCAAGCUAUUGUGUCCAGUCCGAUUGAAGAACCAAGUUCAGAUGAGAACACUCCUCCACCACAGGCCUCAGAACCCUGUACUGCAACUCCAGGCCCGUCCCAGCAAGUCGUUCGCACUCGAACACCAACUCCACCCUCGGACAUCCGCUCCUCGCCCCCAUCGGCUUCGGCAAAGACUCCAUCCCCAUUCCGCGAGCUUACAUUACCGGUUUUGGACAACCUGACUGACGAUGAAUCAAACGCAGAAGAGGUUCUAGCUCUCUGUGACAUCGAGGAAAAUCCUCAGUUGGGGUGGAAGGACGCAUGUUUCCGAUGGAUAGAGCUUCUUGUUACCCAUUACGAAGCGAUUGAGAACGUUCACAUUCGGUCACGAAGGCAAAGCACGUCCAUUUCGAAGUCAUUGAGGUUGCUCGUGCCACGCGCAGAAAUCCACUGUCUCGAGGUUAAAUCAUCGUACAAAGAUCGGCGCAUGGGGAGUGUCAACGAAGUACUGGAAUAUUUGGCACUUAGACUGGACCUCACCGCCGCACAGGCUCUACGAGAGUGGCUUGAACGUCACACGGAAGAAGGAAUCCAAGCUACGGGAUUUCCUUAUGCUCGGGCCCAUGUUGAGCGAAAGUGCAGAUGGGAUACCCCGAGGUUCACAGGCACGAUGCAUUGCGAGACGAUUAUGCUCACCUUGCAUGCUCUAUCAAUGGAUGGCAUGUUCUCCUCCUCGACGACUGCCAGCGCCCAAGCGAUAUCAGAAUGCCUCGAGUCCCGCAAUAUCAUUGUACCUCCAGAUAUUAUUGACAAAUUCAAGACCAUUGGCGACAUCCUCGCGGUCUCAAAGAGAUGUUGUCCAGCUUGCAACUCGGUUGUAUCAACUAUCCGACAGCUCCAGCCAAAUGACCGCCGAAUUACCUACCCAGGGUAUCAUACUGUGUGGUUCCCGAUAGCACUACCACCUUGGACACCACGAAGAAUCGGCGAGAAUUUACUCGAGGAAUUGUGGAGAGCCGUUAUGUCCCGGACAGAGUAUGCUUAUGACGUAGCAGAAGAGGGGAAGAGGGUUCGACGCAACACGCCGAGCGACGCAUCUCGUGCGGACAUCGAGGAAAGGUCAGAUAGCGAUAGCGAUAGCGAUAUCGAUCUAUCGUCGAUCGAUAGAUUCGAUCUGCUGCACGCCUAUGGUCUCCACCAUCGUGAACCGGAAGAUAGGCCAGAAAGGGACCAUCAAGAAGCAGGAGAUGAAACACCGCGGCCAUCGAGGCGCACCGUACCAAUUAUGCUAGCACCAGCCAUCCCAGAGCCAUCAACCUCUCCCAAGCGCCCAAGAGUCGCUUCGUCAGAAACUUCCGAGGUCGAAUUUGACCUAUCGCCAACGAAGAAAAGUCGGAAAGGACAAUCAUAG